CAACCACUUCCGGGUCCCUUGGCUUUCGACUGUUUGGGCGCCAGUUACUCUAAGCGGUGUUCCAAGUGGAGUUAAUGAUUUUUGAAGCCAUGUUAUAAUUGUUCCCACUAAUAUCAGGAUGCCUGACAAAGCAAAUGCCUCCAAGAAAAAAUCUCAAAAGUUAAAAAGAAAUCCAAAAAGAAAAAUUGAUGAUGAAGAAAAGGAGUUGGCAGAGAAAGAGGUUAGAAACACAAUGAAAAAAAUUAAAAAACAUCCAAAGCAUCUGUCUUCUGAAGUGACAGGAAAAACAAAGCAUGCUAAUCUGAAACAGCUAAAGAUAGCAUCCAACAAGAGAAAAACCUGGCAACCUCUUUCAAAGAGUAGCAGAGAGUAUUUGCAAUCUAUGAUGGAAUCAGUAAUAAUAGCAAUUUUAAGUAAAAGUAUUAAAGAAAAUGAACAAAUUCAAUAUCAUCUCAACUGCCUGAACAAAAGAUUGCUGCAGCUGUGUGAAACGCUAAACGUCCCUCCCAAAAAGCAGAAAGAUUUAACUAAUGUGUCAAGUCUACUGAAAAUGGAAAGGACACAGCACAGAGCUAAUGAAGAAGGUCUGGCAUUAUUGCAGGAAGAAAUAGAUAAAAUAGUGGAGACCACAGAGUCAAUGACUGGGAAUAUUCAAAGCCUCAAAAGCAAACUUCAGGUUCUGACAAGUGAAGUGGAUGAAGAGGAAGAGAAGGUGAAAAAGAUAUUUCAGAUGGAUGGUAGUGAGGUACUCUCUCUUCCAGAACUUUCUCAGAACAGUCUCAAAGCACCAAUACUUCAGAAAGAAAUUUUGAUGCUAAUCCCAAACCAGAACGCUCUUCUAAAGGACUUGGAUGUUCUUCAUAAUUCAUCCCAGAUGAAGGAUAUGUUCACUUUCAUUGAAGAAGCCUACAAGAGACUUGAUGCCUCUUAAGUUUUUAUAGGAGAUUGUUUUAUAUUAAUUUAAAGCUUGUGAAUUUAUAUAGCUGUUAGCCUACCAUGAUACUUCAGAGGCUGAGGCUUCUGUGGGAAUUAUUAUCCCUUAAUAAUUACAUGUACUCUAAAAUUAGCCUGUGCAGAUCUGCUAUAAGCAUCUAGUAUAGUCCUGGAGACUCUGUUUUAGCAACUGGCAAGCCUGGAAAAAUCACAUUUAUUAUUUGCUACAUCUCUGGUUGUUUGCCUGGAACCAUUAAAUAAGAACCACCACAGUCCAUUAGUUAAUAGUGGCUGAAUGGAGGUCAUUUAUUGCUUAGUGCAGAUAAAAUAUGCUACAAGUUAAUAUAUGUAGUCUUUGUGUGGUACCUAGUACCUAGUUUGCUAUCGUUAAUAGCAUUUACCUGGUCUCUUGCAGUUUGUAUCUGGUCAACUAGAUCCUGAGAAACCCCCAAAUGCCUUUACUCUUUUACAGAACUCCCUAGUCUUUUUGUGAAGUAGUUAAGAUUUGCCAGGUGCCUUUAACUGUGAAGGUAGCAUCAACAUUUUAUUUCUUUGGCUGAAUUAGUGAAUAGAUAUUGAAUAUUUAUUUUCCACUGUGAUCAAAGCAUGUUUUUUUUUUUUUCAGAAAACUAUUAAAAAGAAAUUCCUAAGCAAGUUUAUUCUCUUUAGUGACCCCUUUAAACAAAGACCAAACAAAAGAACCUUUCUUUCUAAAACAUUUUUUUCCUCACUGUGGUAAACGUAUGUAUAUAUGUGACUAAAUUAUCACUACUAUAUGGAGAAAUCAUUUCUAACCAACUACAGUCUGUAGCAUGAGUUACUUUUAUCUAUUUGUGAAAUAAAAUCACUAAAAUUUCAUUAUUUUUCUGUCUAACCUAGAUUAUUUUGUCAGUUAAUUUAGAAGAUUACAUAAUUCUCUCAAUACCCUCCAGGCAAAGUUCACUAGAAACACACCUGUAGCUAAAAAGGUGUGUUUGUGUUUUUGUUUAAUGCUCAUUGCAACAAAAGAUACCGCAUGCCAUGAGUUGGCCCAGUAAAGAGUCAAAAGCAAUAUCCUUUUAGGAAAUAAUGGCAAAGGGUUUGGGAGAAAAAGAAAGUCUUCAGGAAAGCAAAUCUGCAAUGUAGCAGUAAAAAAAAAAAAAAAUUGUGAUGUGAAUGGUUUGGACUGCCUACUACAUGCCAGACAAAGCAACUAAAAGAACUUUACAAAAUGUCUUAAAACUGUAAAACCUUUUACUUAGAAACUUAAAGCUUCAUGUUUUUGGAGUGACUAGUAGAGCUUCAACUCAUUGAUUUUUUUCUAUAUAUAUAUAUCAUGAUGUUUAUAACAGCUUUGGGGAGGUAUUUCCCCAAACCUUUAUUUGAAUAAAGGUUACUUGAAAUAACCUUUAUUUCAAGGUUACAGUGAACACGUACUGUUUCUCUCAGAAUAUCUGUUUAACAUACUUUUAAAAGUCAACUGGAAAUUUGAUUUAUCAUUGUUGAAUGAUUAGUUCCUCACUAUGCAUGAACUGGUGUAACUUAUAGCUUUGAAAAGUAUAUGAUCUGGUCUGGGAGGGAGGGGUACGGGAUUCUUGGUAGUGGUGUUGACUGACCUUAUUGCUGUAUUUUAUUUUAUUUUUACUUUUACUUUUAUCCUUUAAUGAACAUGUGUAAGUGCUAACUGUGGAGACGAAUACAAAACCAU